AUGUCAGAUAUCAUUGAACCCAAAAGCAGACUCCGCUCUAUAGAAGAUCUAGAGGCAUUUCAAAGCUCGCAAACAUAUAAUGACGUUUACACAUACGUGGAAAGACUAGCCCUCUCAGUCCAUGGACUUGAAUUGACAGAUCCUACAUUACCAAAACCAAAGGAAAUCCAAUCACUCGUCUCUCUACUAGAUAGUAUUGACUCGAUAAUAGAUUCUCACCCUGUCAAACAGGAAAGCAAUAGCAGGUUUGGUAAAAUCGAGUUUCAUGAUUUUUAUGACGAUUUACAUAACACGUCAGUUGAACUGAUAUCCAAAUUACCCUUCAAUUUCUCUGAACAGCACACUACAGACUUAAGUGCCUAUCUGAACAAUUCUUUUGGUGAUAGGCAAAGAAUAGAUUAUGGUUCAGGUCAUGAGUUGAAUUUUCUUUGCUUUUUAUUAGGUCUUGAUAAAUUGAAGUACUUCCCCGAAUCCCAUGAACUUGAUAAAUCUGUUGUCUUGAUUAUAUUUGCUAAAUAUUUGAAAAUAAUGCGCCGUUUACAAUUGUUAUACUGGUUAGAACCAGCAGGAUCCCAUGGGGUUUGGGGUUUGGAUGAUUAUCAUUUUUUGCCAUUCCUAUUUGGUGCUGCUCAAUUGUCUCCGAUGAACAGACCGAGACCUUUAAGUAUCCAUAACGAAGACUACGUUGAGGAGUUUAAGGACAAAUACUUUUAUUUUGGUUGCGUAGAUUUUAUAAACAAGGUUAAAACAGGCGCACAGUCUCUAAGGUGGACGUCGCCAAUGUUGGAUGAUAUCAGUGGCGUUAAAGCAUGGAAAAAAAUCGAAGAAGGUAUGUUCAAGAUGUACAAAGCAGAAGUUUUGGGGAAGUUGGCCGUUGUUCAACAUUUUAUCUUCACUACCAUACUACCUUGUCCUGAAUUGAAGGAAAACGGUGAAGCUGAUGAUACCCAUACUCAUGACCACGAUCACAAUCAUCAUGGUCAUUGCCACAGUCUAGACAAUCCUCUAAUCUCCACAUGGGGCGAUUGUUGUGGAAUAAAAGUUCCUAGUGCGAUUGCAGCCAAGGCGGCCCAACAGAAUAAGCAUAAAAUACCGUUUGAUUAA